GUAUGUGCAUACAUUAGUAAGUUAAGUUUUGGCAGCAAAAUGUUUGGCUUUGUGAAACCACUUUUAAAAUAUCGAUUGGCCUUAAUGUUAAUCAUUGCAGCCGUCCUGGCUAAAGUUUAUCAGAGAGAAGUUGUUGAUAUAUUUAAAAGCGCAGCUGGUCGUUAUUUGGACAUCGCCGGAAAGCAGGAGGAUGCUGAAAGUGUUGCUGUUGAGUUUACCGAUACAGAUAAAGAUACACGCGGCAGUAUCUUGACACCUGAAGAGUUGGCCACGUACAACGGUGAGAAUGGACGUCCCAUUUAUCUGGCGCUGCUGGGCGUCGUGUUUGAUGUUUCCCGCGGUUUAAAGCACUACGGACCCGGUUGCAGUUACAAUUACUUCGUUGGUCGCGAUGCAUCCGUUUCGUUUGUCACCGGCGAAUUCGAGAAUUACGAUCCAGUGACGGCAGAUGAUGUGCUUACUCUGAAGUCCAGUGACUUGCUGGAGCUGGCCAAGUGGCAGCAGUUCUAUGAGAAGGAUUACGAGUACAAGGGCAAGCUAGUUGGUCGUUUUUACGACAAAAAUGGCCAGAAGACCAGUUACCAUCACAAAUAUCUGGCUCUGUUGGAUCAGGCAAAGACAGCGAAGGCAGAAAUCGAUGAGCUGCGCAACAAAUAUCCGGGUUGUAAUAUCGAGUGGUCCGAGGCGAUGGGAACUCGCGUCUGGUGCACGCCAACCAGCGGCGAUGGAAAGCCCCGGUCUUGGUCCGGAUAUCCGCGGAAACUAUAUAAUCGCGACAAUAAGAAUUUCCACUGCGCCUGCGUGCCUGAAGCGGAGCUAAGUGAUCCCAUGUUCAAAUCCUAUGAUAACUGUGACUCUCGAGCUGUUGAGUGUUUUUAUCGCGUAUGAACCUAAACUCCUUGUACUCCUUAAAUUAUUUGUAAGCUUAUAUACACUUGUGGUAUCAUUGUAAAUUUUUGUAAAAUAAAAUAUAGUAAAUAUA